UUAGAAGCGCCAAAAAACACACACACAUACAACACCCUACCACCACCACCACUCUCUCCCUCUAAAACCUUUCUCUUUCUCUCUCUAAAAAAAAAUUUCACUUUUGAAAAUCUUUUUGCCGAUCAGAUACGAUUCUUCACCGGUUCAAGAUUUUCAAUGGGAUGUGACAAAAAAGAGAACCUGCCAGACCCCCCAAGUGUUGAUGCGGGAAAGAAGAGACCAGAGGAGGAUCUAAAUUCAAGAUUAUCAAUGGGAGCUGACAAAACAGAGAACCUGCCAGGUUCAAGUGUUAAUGAUCUUUCUCUCAGCGCCAGUCAAAGUGGAGCUGUUGAUUAUAAUGGUGUUAUCCAAGGUGGGUUCAGUUCAGGGGCUAAUGUCACAUCCUUUCCUUCUGUAUCUCUGCCUGCAGUCUGUCCUCUUCCAGGAAAUGCUAAUGAGAUUGAGGCGGCCGAUUUGAUGAAUCUCAAUUCCUUACAUCACCACCAGCUUCAACCGAAUCUGAUGAAUAAUCCUGGGGCAGGCAUGAAUUUUAUGCCUAUGCAAAGCAGUGGAGCUGGAUGUUUUGAGAAGGCUGGGGAAGGAACAGGUAUUAGUCAAAUGCCUGGAAGCCCUUUUGGCGUAGGGUAUAAUGUGCAGAAUGCUACAGGUAUUGGCGGAAUAGGGUUUCAAAAUUAUGCCAACAUCAAUCAUGCUCCUUUUCAUACAACACAAGGGAACAUGGAUGGUAGUUUCCUGACCCUUGGAGUGGGAAGUAAUAUGGAGGAUAGAUCAAUUCUUAGAUUCAACAGCAAAGAGGUCAGCAAUGGAGUGGAGGAAGCUGCUUCACCACAAAAUAACAAUUCCCAUAUCCAACAAACAAGAAGAAAUCUUCCAAGUUUAAUUCAUGGUGCUCCUGGUGGUAUCACAAAUUUCCAGUGUGAUAGUGGUGGUUUCCCAAAUUCUGCCUUUAAUUCGGGUGUACAUGCUCCUGACUCUAGAAUCAGUGCACCUCCAUUUAUGUACGCACCAGAUGCGAGACUUAACUCAUCUAAUGCCAGAGAUUUAGCUGCUGUUGGUAAUGCUGAUCAAAGACUUUGUGAACCUGAUCCUCUCAUGUAUGCCCAAGGUGGUUUGCCUCCUCCUCUAUUGCCAUUUAGCAGCAAUUCAACUUUACCCCCUCAUUUUGGAUUUGGUAGAGUGGCAGCAGCUCCUGGAUCUGCUCAACAGUUUAGGGUAUUAGCUCAACCAAAUGUUAAUCAGCAGAGCAGCCUGUACACAAACAUGGUCAGGAAUCAUCAAUCUUUCAUGGGACCUGCUAUUCUCAGUCAUGGUGGCGGAAGAGUGAGGCAAGACCAUUUAGGUCAGCAAUCUUUUGUCAAUGUUCUGAAUCCUUGGGGGAAUAAUCUAUAUCCUGAAGGAAUGGGAGUUCAAAUUCCUGGAUGGAGUGGCAUCCAAUCUGCCCUUGUCAAUCAAUUUCCCAGGAGGCCAGGUGUCCAGCUCAAUGACGGGGCUAUUUCUCAAGCAACUCGAGAGGGUGUUCUUCCUGGCACGGGCGGCAUCCAGCAAACUAGAGGGGGUAACUCGUAUCAGUCUCAAAAUCAUGGACCUAAAAUGCAUCCUACUGAACUUCUUAACCCCUCUUUUGCAAUGGGUCGGCCUCAAGUUGGUUCAUCUGCAGAGUUAAAUGUUAGUGGACUCCCAUAUCAUGCUGGUCAAGGCGUUCCAAUAUCAAAGGUUGAUGUGGCCCCUCAGGCUUCAAAUCUUGAUGGUCCCACUUCCCUCAAAAGAAGAAGACCGGGUAGAGCCCCUCCAACUGCUCCGAUGGGUCAGCGGAGGAGAAAAUUGACUCAACAUAGAGCACCUCCGAGGCCGAUGACUAUUGCUCCAGUUCCUGCAUCUUCUCCUUCUCUUCCUGAUCUCUGUGCAAAGUUGCAAGCAAGGUUGGAGGAACCAGCUCAAAUCAUUGCAGAGAACUGCAAAAUAUGCAAGAGGAAUGUGAUGUUCAAUCCUGAAGGUCCUUUUGUUCGUCCUGCUAUAGCGCCACCCGUUGCUGUUCUUCCCUGUGGACAUGUAUUUCAUGACGAGUGCCUGCAGAAAAUCACGCCAAAAGACCAAGCAACAAAUCCUCCUUGCAUACCUUGCGUUCUAGGUGAAACAUAAUGUGAUCAUUUUCUUCAAUGGGAGAGGGCUUAAAUUUUGUGAAGGAGAAUGAAAGUGCUCCCAAACAUCUUUUUUGUAAAGGAUUAGGGUAUAGUUCUUGGAAUUGCACAUAUAGAAUGGGUAGAGAUUAUGCAAAGUUACUACAUAGAACCUCAGCAUUUAAACCCCUGUGAUUGAGAGAUACAUUAAACUUGAACUCACAAGUUAAGAGCUGAUGUAUGACUGAUUCUAUAAUUGGAGGUGUUUGAUCCCGUGGAUCUGUUGGUUUCAGAGCUAA